AUGGGUCAGAUGCAUGGAAAUGGUGUUCAGAAUCAGAUUCUGGUUGUUAACCAUGGGGGCGAGAGUUUCAAGCGUGAAAUGAGGGAUUUGGAGGAGUUGUUGUCAAAAUUGAAUUCGUUGGCCGAGGAAUUUGUUCCUCCGUCACUGAUAACUAAUUAUCAGGGAUAUUUAGCUGCCGGACCUAAUGCUGGGUUUGGUUACCGUAACAAUUAUAUGAUUCAGAACAACAGUUCUGUCGAUGCCAAUGGACAAAUUAAUAAAGGAGGGAGGAAUCAGAAAUUUUGGUUGUUUGUUCAUUCGUGA